AUGACCUUUCCUUGCGAUUCAGAAGCUGCAUUGGCUGUUGAAGGCACAUCAGCAAGGUGUGCAGUCACCAGUCUUCUCACGGACCCCUGGUGGCGUGUAGAUCUGGGAAUGAGUUACGUUGUCGAUGUAGUAGACAUUACUGCCGGUGCAGAUGGGUUAACAGAUUUUGAAAUACGAGUCGGUGAGUGGUUCAAGUCAUAGAACAAAACAUCUGGUAAUUUGGUAUUAUUGACUGAGUUCAUAGCGUAUAUAAAUUGGCCACCGUUAAGAGUUUAAAAGCUGACGUUUUGAGCGUUAGCCCUUCGUCAGAGCGAUAACCGGACAUCCGCUUAGUCUUCCAGAAGUUCUUCUCUGAUGGCUGAUUAGAACAAAGGAAAGAAAGAGAAGCCAAUAGGAUUCGAGGGUUAUAGUUUCAACCGCGUGAGAACGCGAAUGACCAAUUUACGGUUGAUUUUAGUUUUAAAUCUGAUUGGAUGAGAGGGUGGCUUAAGUUCCCUAAACCAGUCGUAGCCCAGAAUGUAACAUUUAGUCACCCCAUCGGUAUAUUAGAUGGAGAGGACAGUAUUUAUAUCCACGGAGUAAUUGGGGUCUUAAUCAGAGCGUCAGUGCAUACCUCUCCGAUACUCUACUAUGGUGUGAAUCUUAUUAUCAUCGAUUCUUUAUUAUUUCGUCAUUAAAAUAUCAAAACGUUAUGUCCCUACGCGUUUCUUAUCAAAACAAGUAGAGAUAAAGUCAGUUUUAUCCUUUAUUUCCGUCUACUUACUCUACAUUUUAUUAUUUCCCCAGGUGACAAUCUUGAUAAUGAAGGAAACUUAAACCAAAAGUGUGGAGGACCACACACUUUGACUUCUUCACAGGAAAUGUCGUUCUUUUGCACCCCAGGUAUCAAGGGUCGGUAUGUGAACAUCCGAAUAGCGGGAAACAACAAGAAGCUGGCCAUCUGUGAGGUGUCAGUUAAUCCUAAUCCAACAGGUGGGCUCUGAACUUCGUCCUUGCAAAUAGGAAGGAGGGAGAAAUGUAAAGGUAGUGGGUACAAAAAUAGCGAGAAAGGUAGGAAGUGUGGUAGUGAGGUAAAUAAUGAAUCGCCCUGACGAAGGGCUAACGCUCGAAAGGUCAGCCUUUAAACUCUUUACGGUGGCCAAUUUACGUUUUCAACUCAGUUGUUAACACUAAAUUGCCUGUUCUACUCUCCCACUGACGCAGCACCACAACUUCUUUAGAGCCUCUAUUAGUGAAAUAAAUAGUUGGGUAAAAGAAAGGAAUAAAGGUUGGUAGGGAGAUAGAUAAUCAGAUAGGUAGGCAGUAUGAGAGCGAGAGUGCGAAGGAGGUUGGCAGGUAAGCAGGGUAGGCAGGUGAAAUAGGAGGCAGGGAGGUAGCAGGGUAGGCAUCUGGGUCUGCAGUCUGAUCAUUCGGGUUAGAGUAGCCAUAGGAGGACUGUUGUCGCUAGUAGUGACUGAGGUUUUGACAACCUUAGCGGAAGUCAUGAGCCGAGUCGGGUGAGGUCUCAACCAAGUGUUACAAAUCUGGUUGGGAGAGGUGGUUGACUAACUUAGUAGAGACCCCUCUCAGCAGAUACCAACAAAUAGUGGCACCAUACAAACGACUAGUUCACGACAUUUACAUAACAAACAUACCAAACGUACCGAAUAGAAGGACCUAACAUUACUGGGGAAUAGAAACUGACUAAACACAACCGCUACUCAAAGAGAAAUCAAGGCUCUGUCUAAGUUAUUACUUAUGGAAAUUUGAGAUGGUCGUCCUGUGGCGAAGCUGUUAGGAGUGGGUUCAUGUGAGCUUUGAAAUUUUAUUUCUAUUAGUACAGUCGGUCACUUUUGUUUCUACUUUUAUCAGUAAACCUUGCUUUGAGCAAGUCAGCAUCUCAGUCCUCUGUCUCCCACAAUGCUUACCCUGUGCGAGCAGUGGAUGGAAAUACUGACAGUGACUGGAGCUCAUCAAGUUGUACACAUACAUAUAAAACAACGGAUCCCUGGUGGCGUGGGGAUCUGGGAUCAAGUCAGCACGUGUCAGAGGUGUUCAUAGUCAACAGAAUAAAGCAUGAAAAUAGGCUUUUCAACAUAGAAAUUCGUGUCGGUAAGCUAAAAUUUAUUGGAAUAUAGUUAAUUUUAUCUCAUCGUUUCAGGUUAUUGACAGGCCCCCAUUCAAACCAGCUUACAACUGAACUGCCUCAGUCUGAUAAAUAUUGCGAUAAAUAAAUGCAAGACAAAAAAAUAACUAGGUUUGGUUCAAAUUGAUAUUGUGAUAUAUACGAUAAAUUUCAUCAACUUUAUCUUACGACUGGCAUGGUGGCCAUGUUAUGUAGAUAAAGUCUUUUCUUACACCUCCCAACACAAAUACGUUUUCAUAUUGGAGGAGAACGUGUCACAUGCAAUGUGUCACUUACUCCCUAAGGCGAACAAAACUCAUUAACUCCCGAGGGAAACAAUAACCUGAGCUUUCGACUCCCACGUGAGCAGGUCGGGGACCUUAAAACCUCGGCUAAACUCUGUGCCACCCCGAGUCAAGAAAUUUCUAUUUUUUCAGUGAUUCUCUAAAAUUUGAAGGUAAAUAAAAACACUUAAUGAAUGGCCCUACGGGAUAUAUUAAGUUUUAUUUUCCCUCAAGGAAACAACGUCACGGUUUCCCUUGGGGCCAGCUUUAAGGAUAGCUUUAACCUUGAUUAACUUCACUUCUACGAUCAGCAAAGUCUUCUGAAAGAAGUUUUUUUUAUCCCUCAGGAGAUAGUUUGGCAAAUAAUGGAAACUCGAAUCCGAGGUGUGGUGGCUUGUACUCGAUGGCUAAUUUACUCAAAGCUUCGUUUUAUUGCAAACCGAGGAAAAAUGGACGAUACGUAAAUAUCAGACUGGUGGGAAGUAGCAUGGUUCUGACUUUGUGCGAGGUGGAGGUGUAUUCCGAAAGUAGAGGUAUCUUUUAG